AACCCCUCACCGACCUCAACAACUCCACCUUCAUCUACACGGGCUUCUUCUUCGACACCAACUACUACGCCCAAAAUAUAAUCGUUGUAGCCUACACCCCAUACCGACUUGCAAGUACCUUCGAAGUGGUGGUAAAGUACACCUGUAUCCUGGCGCUACUGGUCGAUAUUUUCACGCUAAAACGAUACUCGGCUUAUGCGGCCUACGAUAACGGGAACCAAAAACACGCAGACGUGAAGUAUGCACUGCAGAUGAUCACAUUACACGCGCUCUCGUUAGCGGUUCUUUUUGAAGAAGUCUGGGGAAAUAUUAUUUUUGGGACUUUUGAUGACUUAUCGAUGUUCGCCGCCUGGGAGCUGUUCCCGGAGAUUUGGUUGUUGAUUACUGGAAUGGUGAUCGUCUACUACAAUCACCCGGAAUCUAAAAAACGCCGAAGACGCGAAUCGAAAAAGCCAAACGGGAUCCCCAUUGCUGUUUUUUCGCUGUACCAAAAGUCGCCGAUGCAGCCGGUCGCGCGAAAUCCAAAAAGUCAAUCGAAGAGCCUGAAAAAGGGGUGUGCUGGAGCUCCGCAAGCGCCCGACUACGUGAGCUACUGCCGCUUGGUGUGGAUUCCGGCUGAAGAAAAUGCCGCUAAUUCCGAUCCGCGCGGCUGCUGGCAAUAUUCUUGGAAGCGUGACCCCGAGAUUCGGGCCAUAUGUGAGAACCCGGUGACAAUGAAGAACGAUGGAGACCUGAAACCGGACAAUUAUCCGAAAGAGCCGCGCCGGCUGGUCGCGCCCGAGAGCCCGGGCAUGACGGAGCUCAUGGCCAUCUACAUUACCAGCGACACGAGCAACGUCGGCUUCCAGGCCGAAUUCACGCGAGCUGAUGAUUUUGUGUAUAAGGAUGAAUGGCUGCCGCCGACAACAACCACCACCACGGAGGAGACCACUACAACCACGGAGAGCACUACAACCGAAGCCACUACUACGACCGCUUCUACUACCACUACCAGCAUGCCCCCGUCGGACACGCCAACGAACUCCUCGCAGACGGCCGGCAAAGAAGAGAACACCGCCGACGACCCGACGAUGAUCAUCGUUGCCGUUGGUCUCGUUGUCCUGCUCGUCGUCGUCGCCAUCAUCAUUGUUGUCGUCCUCAAGGGGAAAGGCGGCGGCAAGAAGAAGAAGAAGAAGGGCGGCAAGAAGGGCAACAAGGCAAAGACCGAGUCGAACACGGAAAGCGGCGAGAACCCGCCGCCGUCCCCUGACGCCCCUGCCGCUGACUCCCCCGCCCCUGACGCUCCUGCCCCUGAUGCCCCCGCCCCUGACGCCCCUGACGGCACGCCGCCCGCC